AUGGUCAAGCACUCGAACAAGAUCAAGCGAGCCGAGCGAAGGGCCCCGGAACCGGGCCUCAAGGUCGACUUCGAGCCCGUCCCCACCGAGACCGACAAGCCGACCGAAUCGUACAAGCCGUUCCAACACUCGCAGCAGCCUCAAAUCAAGAAGCGUGCGCCAGGUGCGGCCGUUGGAAAAGCAGCACGAGCCAAGAAGACAAAGGCGAUAGAGAGGGCCGACAAGACCAACCAGAAGUUUGUCGUCAACAAGGCCAAGGCUGAGAGGAAGAAGCUCAUGAAGUCUUGA